ACUUGCAAUUACAUUGCCUCACCUAGUGUGAUUAAUUUUAACAACCCUACGGCUAACCUAAAGAGUGCUCGAUACUUUCAGUUUAACGGCUAUGUUCCGCAAAGACUUCCCGUAAUCUCACAAACGGUGUACUGUCCCUUUAACUAAGAGGGUUGAACCCCAUUACAGACUGAGCCUCCGCUCACUCAGGACCCAUUCAUAAAUAAGACAUCGUAUUUAAAGGAAGCUCACAUAGUCGCAUCUGAUAUUUCGUUCACCGGACCGGAUGCGAAGGACGAGCAGGAACCAAACAUGUUCACCGUGGUCGGGGACUGUGAGUUGGGGGCACGGCUGAGAGAGCAGGAGUGACUUCCCAUGGCCGACCCCCCUGCUGAUGGUUUUGACUUCAUGUGCGAGCCGUCAGGAGGCAGAUUGAUCCAACUCAGAGCAUUUGUCCAACCCAGAAAAAUGCUCGUUUUCUCGGAGUGUUUUUUCCGUGCUUCCGCUUAACACAAGUAACCCUGUUUAGAUACUCUUUCAUUCUUAUUCUACUUCAGCUUCUUCUUUUAAUAAAUGAAAAUACACCAAAAGAGCCCAGACCCUGGCAUGCGAAUGGAGGAUUGAGUUAUGGCAGCUAAAGAGGACUUGUAUGCCAAAGUGAUCCCGCGGAGGCAGCGCCAGACCCGGCCAAGCACCAUCAAACAUGGGUCCACUCUGGACGUGCUGCUGUCCAUGGGCUUCCCCAAGACCAGGGCCUUGAAAGCUCUGGUUUCGACAGGAGGGAAAAACGUGCAGGCAGCUUGUGACUGGCUCUUCUCCCACGUGGAUGACCCGUUCUUGGAUGAUCCUCUGCCCAGAGAGUAUGUGUUAUAUCUGCGACCCAGUGGACCGCUGCUCCAGCAGUUGUCGCACUUCUGGCAGCAGUCCCGUCUCUCCUGUGGCAAGAACAAGGCACACAACAUCUUCCCCCACAUCACCCUCUGCCAGUUCUUUAUGUGUGCAGAUGGGAAGGUGGAGGCCCUGGCCGAUGCACUCCAGGCCACCGUAGCCAAGUGGAAGGGUCGUAUACCCAUGCCCCUCCCACUGGAACUCUACACCUCCUCAACCUUCAUCGGGCUCUUUGUUGAGGAGCAGGUGGCAGAGGUGCUAAAGGGUUUCGCUGCUGACUUUGCUACUGAAGCAGCAGCUAAAGCAGAUGUUCUUGUAGAACCCCAUAAGAAACAGCUUCAUGUUACUUUGGCAUACCACUUCCAUGCCGGUCAACUUCCAAUUUUGGAGAAGUUGGCCAAAACUGUGGAUGUGUCUUCAGGCUGUGAUUGGCUGGCCGUGCUCUUCUCCCGGGAUAUUCGGUUUGCUAAUCACGAGACACUGCAAGUCAUGUACCCGUAUGUGCCUCAGAAUGACGACGAGCUUGAGCUGGUACCAGGAGACUUUAUCUUCAUGUCUCCAGUGGAGCAGAGCAGUGCUAGCGAAGGCUGGGUGUACGGCACCUCUCUGGGCACGGGGCUAUCGGGCCUGCUGCCUGAGAACUACAUCAGCCUUGCUGAUGAGUCUGACACCUGGGUUGUCCACGGGUCACACUCUUUUCUCAACUGUGCCUCUCCAUCUAACUCCGGCAGCACUGUGGGUGGGUCAUUAUUUGAUGGGAAGCUGAAUGACAGCCUAUUUGACAGUCUUAUGGAUCCUUCCAGCCUCACUGGCCUUUGUCCUCCUAUGCAGGUGUCGAGGCCAGCCAGUCAGUCCUCCCUGUCCAAGAUGAGACUGUUUGUGUGUCGCCAUGGGGAAAGGAUGGAUGUGGUGUUUGGGAAACACUGGGUCUCUCAGUGCUUUGACUCCAAAGGCCGAUAUAUUCGCUCUAAUCUCAACAUGCCAUCCAGCCUGCCAGCUAGAAGUGGAGGUCAUCGGGACUUUGACAAAGAUUGUCCAAUUACUGUGUUUGGCUCCACCCAGGCCCGUCUUGUAGGUGAAGCCCUGUUGGAAAGCAACUCAACAAUAGACUUUGUUUACUGCUCUCCUUCUCUUCGCUGCGUCCAGACUGCUCAGCACAUUCUGCAGGGUCUCCAGCAGGAGGAAAAGGCAAAGAUCCGCGUGGAGCCUGGACUGUUUGAAUGGACUAAGUGGGUUUCAGGCACAUCUUUACCCACCUGGAUCCCCCCAGCUGAGCUGGCUGCUGCUAACCUGAGUGUGGACACAACAUACAGACCUCAUAUUCCCAUAAGUAAGUUGGUGGUGUCCGAGUCUUAUGACACUUACAUCAGCAGGAGCUUCCAAGUAACCCGAGAGAUCCUGGCAGAGUGCAAGAACCUGGGAAACACGGUCCUAAUUGUGGCCCAUGCUUCCUCCCUGGAGGCUUGCACUCGUCAGAUACAAGGACUAGCCCCCCAGAACUCAAAGGACUUUGUCCAAGUUGUCCGAAAGAUUCCUUACUUGGGUUUUUGUGCUUGUGAAGAAAUGGGAGAGACCGGGGUGUGGCAGCUGGUCGACCCGCCCAUCUUGCCUCUGACACAUGGACCCAAUCACAGUUUCAGCUGGAGGGAAAUGCUAAUGCAAGACUGAAGGAUGUGCUGUUUGACUCCCUUCUUUUGCCAGCCCUGAACUGCUGAAAAAAUAUUUAUUUUUAAGCCACACCGCUAAAAAUGACCAAAAAAAAAAAAAAAAAAAAAAGCCAAACAAAAAACACAAUUCUUGCUUCUGUCAAAGACAUCAUGCAAAAAAAGUACAUUAAUUCAAGCAAAUGUAUUCAGACACACUGCUCAGGAAUGAGAAAAUACAGUUUGUGUGGAGAUCACAGCAAAUAUGAGCUAGAGACUGGGUGGCAGUUUGUCGAGUUUUCUUCAGAGUUCCACUUCUAAACCCAAAAUGUCAUGUGCUACAUGAAAUCUGGAUAUUUCUUCAUGGUUGUUGAUGAAUCAGGUUUUAUGCCAUGAGGAGGUGUCAUUAAGCUCCGUCUGUGGUUCCUCCUCAGGCCAUUCGGUGAAGACUUGCUGUUCUGCUGCCUUCUCACACACUGUGACAAGAAUUAGAUGAGAAAGACUUGUACCACAGAAAUAUUUUUCCAUGUGUCAGAUAUGAUUAUUUAACUAGCAGCUAUGACCCUCAUGAGAAAAAAGCACAAAAGAAAUGCUGACAAUCAGCAAGAGGAGAACUGAUCUUCAUUGUUUCUGGUGCUGAGGUGGUUAACUUAAUGACACCUGUUUUAUUCAUGUAAAUGUCAUAUCAUUAAGUGAUUCUUUUAAGUUAACAUUAAUGUGCCCACAUAAAUCCUUUAAGCUUUGUGUAAAGCAGCUUUGACUACCACCACAUGAACCAAGUCAGAAUGACUAAAAAAAAAAAGACAAUAUAAUGAAAAACAGACAGCUGUUUUUCAUUUUGUCCAGGUGCAUUGACUUAACGUUCUGACAAUGUCUGUAAGCCUGAUUACCACAUUUUUUUUGAUUCCUUUGGCUAUGUCAAAUGAUUUAAUUGCUCACUGCCUAUACCAGCCAUUUGUUAUGUGAUUCAGAAAAUCUAUUGUUAUGCCCAAAAAUGAAUAAAGGAGAGCUGUGGAGUUAUGAAGGCUUAUACAUA